GCUGUCACCUGAGUCAAAACAACAAACACGAUCCAAAGCACCGCGGAGAGGACCGAGGAGAGCUCCGUGACAGGCCGCCCGAGAGAGCGCGGAGAGCGGCCUGGACAGAGCACAGAGUUCCGCAGAGAGCCCUCCUCAAGCGGCGGGCCUCAGAGUUUGUUCCCGCCUGGCGCAGCUCUGAGGGCGGCCUGGACCUGUGCGCUUUGCCCCGGACUCUGCAUCCGCCCGACGGAGCUCUGUUGGCGGCCUUCAGACCAGCGGUGGGUUCCCAGGGUUUGUCCCCGCCUGACGGAGCUCGGUGGGCGCCCUGAGCGGGAGCAGGAUGUGGGUCGAGCCGGAGGAGGUCGGGCUGGCCGCGCCGCUGUGGGUCUCGGAGCGGGCCAACCCUUUCUUCAUCCUGCAGCGGAGGAAGGGCCACGGCCGCGGAGGGGGUCUGUCCGGCCUUCUCGUGGGGACUCUGGACGUGGUGCUGGACUCUUCGGCCCGUGUGGCUCCCUACAGAAUCCUGCUGCAGGCCGGAGACUCGCAGGUCUACUGGAUCAUCGCCUGUGGUUCGUCGCGGAGAGAGAUCACAGAGCACUGGGACUGGCUCGAGUCCAACCUGCUCCAGACCAUCUCCAUCUUCGAGAACGACGAGGACAUCACCACCUUCGUCAGAGGAAAGAUCUGCGGUCUGAUAGCGGAGGAGCAGAGGUCGCUUCUCUCUGAACCCGACCAGGACCCGGUGAAGUUCCAGGAGGCCCAGCUGAAGAUGAGGAGGCUCUUCUCGAUGCCCGAGGAGGAGAAGCUGGUGAACUAUUACUCCUGCAGCUACUGGAAGGGCCGGGUCCCACGGCAGGGCUGGCUCUACCUGUGUGUCAACCACCUGUGCUUCUACUCGCUCAUCCUGGGAAAAGAGGUGGUCCUGGUGGUUCCCUGGACGGAGGUGACUCAGCUGGAGAAGAACAGCACCCUCCUGUUCCCCGAGAGCAUCCGGGUCUGCACGCGCUCAGAACAUCACUUCUUCUCCAUGUUCCUGAACAUCUCGGACACUUUCAGACUCAUGGAGCAGCUCGCCAACAUGGCCAUGAGCACCCUCCUGGACCAGGACCGCGCCCGCUCCCACACCGACCCCUCCAGACCCGACCGAGACCCGCCCAAACCCGGGUCCACGCGCAACUCUGCUCCUCAGAUCAAGAGGGACCUGGACGCUCGGGCGAAGAACCAGCAGUACCGCUCGUGGUUUCGUCUGACGGAGGAGGAGCGGCUGGACGGGCACACAGACUGUACCCUGUGGGCGCCGUUCGCCAAGAGCCACGUGCCCGGGCAGCUGUUCGUGUCCAGCAGCUGUUUGUGCUUCAGGAGCAAACAGGAGGACGUCUGCCAACUCAUCAUCCCGCUCCGAGAGGUGACGGUGGUGGAGAAGGCCGACUCCUCCCCUGUCCUGCCCAGCCCCGUCUCCAUCAGCACCAAGAACAAGAUGAACUUCCUGUUUGCCAACCUCAAAGACCGGGACUUCCUGGUGCAGCGGAUCUCCGACUUCCUGCAGAGGACGCCCGACAGCCCCCCCAUUUUCCCAACGAUGUCCACGGUGAAUUUCGACGGUGAGAAUAAAACCCGCCAGUUCCACCAAGAUCUGCCCACUGCCAAAUACAGUUUACUGCAGCUGUACCACCAGGAGAAGCAGAGUCUGAACCAGGACCAGGACCAGAACUGCAACUCUGAGAACCCCGAGGGGACUCUCAACCAGGGACCAAAGGACAAGAGGCAGCAUCUGAAGGAGGAGGCGUGGCGGCUCCACUUCUCUGAGUUUGGCCGCGGGGUGUGUAUGUACCGGACCUCCAGAACACGAGACCUGGUCCUCAAAGGCAUCCCAGACGCUCUCAGGGCUGAGCUGUGGCUGCUCUUCUCAGGGGCCCAGGUCCAGAUGGAGGUUCAUCCUGGACUCUACUCGGACUUGUUGGACCGGGCCUUGGAACAGGACUCUUUGGCCAAAGAUGAAAUCGAGAGGGACCUGCACAGAUCCAUGCCGGAACACAAGGCUUUCCAGAACCCGACCGGCAUCUCCGCACUGAGGAGGGUCCUGACCGCCUACGCCCAACGGAACCCUGCCAUAGGCUACUGCCAGGCGAUGAACAUAGUGACUUCAGUGCUCCUUUUGUACUGUCCGGAGGAACAGGCCUUCUGGCUCCUGGUGGCUCUGUGUGAACGGCUCCUCCCGGACUAUUACAACACCAGAGUCACAGGUGCUCUGGUGGAUCAGGGGGUGUUUGAGGAGCUGACCCAGGCCCAGCUGCCCUCUCUGUACGGGCACAUGCAGAACCUGGGCGUGCUCUCCUCCAUCUCGCUGUCCUGGUUCCUCACUCUGUUCCUCUCGGCUCUGCCCUUCCACAGCGCCACCGUGCUCAUCGACGCCUUCUUCUGCGACGGCAUCACUGUCAUCUUCCAGGUGGCGCUGUCUGUUCUCUAUGACAACAUGGACGCUCUAUUGGCCUGUAACGAUGAAGGGGAGGCCAUGACGGUUCUGGGCAGGUACCUGGAGAACGUGAUGAACCCGGAGGUGGAGGAGCACAUCCCGGUUCUGCACUCGGCCAUCUCCUCCGACGAUCCUCCCGGUCCUCAGAUCGACGUGUUCACCCUCAUCAAGGAAUCUUACCAGAGGUUCGGUGGUCUUCGUGCAGACGUGAUCGAGCAGAUGAGGUUCAAACAGAGACUGAAGGUGAUCCAGAGCCUGGAGGACACGGCCCAGAGGAGCGUGGUUCGAGCGGUGAUGACUGAGUCGGCCUUUUCCAUUGAAGAACUAGAGGAGCUGUACUGCCUCUUUAAAUCCAAGCACAUGAGCAGCUGUUACUGGGGUCCCGGUCCCAGUUCAGGUUCUGCUGGUCCGGACCUGGUGGUGCCGUAUUUGGAGCAGCACCGUGUUGACCACGCCCACUUUAGUCAGCUGAUCACCGAGCUGUCGCCAUGGAGAUGGAACAGCCACACCCACAACAUGGCCGCCCGCCUCUUCAGACUCCAGGACCAGAACCAGGACGGACUCGUCAACUUCAAGGAGUUCAUCUACCCCCUCACUGUGAUGUAUCAUGGAGACCUGACAGAGAAACUGAAGCUGCUCUACAAACUGCACCUGCCUCCAGCCUUCACCCCUGAGGAGGCGGAGUCAGCUCAAGAGGCCGCUCAGUUUUUCACCCCCGACAAUAACAAAGAUGCUUCCUUUCCUUCCACUGAGGACAGGAAAGAGGAUGGGAUUUCAGCAGAAGGGAAAACUGAAGGAGAAAACUCAGAGAAGAAAGAGGAGAAAGUGAAGGAUUACCGAUUCUACCUGAGACAGUGGGCCAAAGAGCACGAGCCGAGGAGAGAGAGCAUCAAAGACCUGCCCCGAAUGAACCAGGAGCAGUUCAUCGAGCUGUGUAAGACUCUGUACUGCAUGUUCUCUGAGGACCCGUGCGAGCAGCAGCUGUACCACUCCAUCGCCACCGUCGCCUCUCUGCUGCUGCGCAUCGGGGAAGUGGCCAAACGCUUCACGAACCACGCCCCCAAACCCACAGACUCCGCCCCCAGCCCCACGGAGCCCGCCCCCAGCCCCCCCUCGCCUCAGGGACGAACCGCCGACGCCGACUGGUCCAUCAGUUUCGAGCAGGUGCUGGCCUCUCUGCUCACGGAGACGCCGCUCGUGGACUUCUUCGAGAGGAAGGCGCUGCUCCGGGACAAGAUGGCCGCGACGCCGAGGAGCAGGAGGGAGUCCGAGUCCGAGCCGCACAAGUGAUCGAGACGCCGCACGAACAAAACACUGAAAAAAAAAAAACUACAGUCCACAAUAUUCACGCUACAAACUCUGGCUGUGUCCGAAUGUCCAACCCCCGAGACGCUAACACUUCUGUGGAGUUCACCCCUCAUCAAACGCACAACUACACAAAAACUGUCCAUCGUUUGUGUUUCGUUUGUGCUGCUGCUUUAGUUUUGGAGAUAUUAACGAUUCUUUUAUAGGUCAAACUGGAGUCAGUCUGCCCCCAGGAAACUUCAAAAUGCUCUAAAACUGCCCAAAAUUGUGUUAUUCGUUUGUGCUUCGUUCGUGCUCCAAAAGUUUCAUUUGUGCUGCUUUAGUUUUGGGAAUAUUAACGAUUCUUUUAUAGGUCAAAUUAGGGUCAACCAGACUCCAGAAAAUUUAAAAAUGCUCUAAAACGCUCAAAAUGGUGAUGUUUGGUUGUUUGUGCUUCGUUCGUGCUGCAAAAGUUUUAUUUUCGGCCGAUGACGUCGUCCAGUAGCCAGGCUCAUUUCAUUUCUCUCCAUCGACUAGAUCAGGAAUCAGAAUACACUAGACGGUUCGCAAAAACCCCGGAAGUGCGAGUUCGGGCACCAGCCAAUCAGCAAAGAGUCGUACAUUCUGUGUUGGCAACGAUUCCCGAGAUCGAGGAUUUAAAGCCGGAACAAAGAGAAUAUUUGGUAAAUUUUAUCAAGAGUUAUUGUCCUUCUUCCUACGGGAUUUGGAGCAUUACAUCUGUCACGACCAAACAACAGCGAUUGGUUAAAUUAAAAAAAGUACCCACCUACUGUCGAGCGAACGAAUCCUAAUGCUGCGAGGUCAGACGGUUUCCACAAAGUGAAACCGUCUGAUGAAUCAUCCAGCCCCUCAAAAUGUUAAACAGCCUCAAAACAGGCAGAAAAUUACAUGAAACGUUUGUAUUUCCUUUGUGCUGUUUUGCGCUGUGACUUGCUUUUGAUUUGUGCGAGUUUAUUCAGGUUUCCCACGGUCAUGGAAAUCCUGGAAAAGUCAUGGAUAUUGAAAAUGUCACUUUCCAGGCCAUGGAAUUUUGUAAAUUCAAUGAAAGUUUUGGGAAAGUCAUGGAAUUUUAGUAUCUCUUUCACGCGACUACAGUGUUCUGUUAAGUUCUCAUUAGACUAUUAUGAUUAUUUCUGAACGUCUGCGUCUUUUGUUUAAAAGAGACGACAAUAAAUGCACUGACAGGAUUUUGAAUGUUAAAAAACUUUAAAACCAAACCAUAAAGUGAGUGGAAAGAGUUAACGUUUCAUAUUUAGCACUAAAAGUCUGAUCAGUUAUACAAAUGUAGGUGCUGUAAAGUCAUGGAAAAGUCACUUUAGGUCACGAAAAAGUCAUGGAAAAGUCACUUUAGGUCACGAAAAAGUCAUGGAAAAGUCACUUUAGGUCACGAAAAAGUCAUGGAAAAGAUUUGAAACUUUGUCAGUGAAAAAGAGUGGGAAGCUUGUGUAUUUCUAAAAUGAUUAAUUAUUAUUUUUGCGGAAAAUAUAUACGGCAGCGGCUUGAGCAAAACUGCAAAACUAAAGAAGAUAAACGAUCUGAGGGUGUGGAAAAGUCUGUGUUAUUAUAUAAAAUAUGAAUCAAAAGCAAGUUACUGAAGACUGAACAGACUUUUCCACAGCCUCAGAUCGUUUAUGUUCUCUAGUUCUGACCCAAUUUGACCCAUAGGCGAGUUUCAGCUGACGUCAUUGUUAUUAAAAGCCCGCGUUGCAUGCUGGGAAAUAUUCUGGUCGGAGGCAAGAAACACGGUAGCGUCAAACACAGUGUGUAACCUCACGUAUUUAUCCCCGAUAAUGGUAAAUUCCUGCUGCAUUAUCGGAUGCACAAAUAGAAGCACGGAAGAAGGAAAAUGUCUUUUUCGUAUUCUGAGUGAAAAGAACCACUAACGGUGAAUUAAACGACUUUCAAACAUCCGCAGAGCAAACGUAGAAGAUCCUAACAAACCGUGGACUCCAACAAGUUCAACAACACAUCGAGACUCUUGGAGGUUUUCAUCUUUUCUGCUGUGAAUGGCCCAGGAGUUUCCACCAAGUCAUUGUGGAUAUCGCCCAAGUGAAUAUUUGUCCAGGUAGUUGGCGAUUCUGACCAGAGAUUUGGUUUGGUCCACCUUUUGUCGGGGUUGAAAAGGGUGAUUUGUCGUCCAUCGAUGCUUAUGACCAAUUUCUGGUCAAAUGGUCUUGGGUCCUCUGCCGUUAGAUUGGAUAAAUAACCAGGAUCAAUACCCUUUACGUGCUUUCUCGCUCCGUCCGUCAUGUUGAAUUAGUGUUUCUUGCCGCCGACCAAAAUAAUUCCCAGCAUGCAACGCGCGCUUUUGUCAACAAUGAAACUCGCCUGUAUAAAAGAAUCGUUAACAUCUCAAAAACUAAAGCAGCACAAACCAAACUUUCUGCAGCACAAACGACACUGAAAUAGCUUUUGUGUCGGUUUGCGUUUGAUGCAGGGGGCCCGACUUCACGCAGGCGCCGCCAACUCCUCAUUCACUACAUCGUCCUGCACUCUUCGGCGCCCCCUGCAGUGCACUCGCUCACAGAGACGCUCGGACACGCAGCUCACUACGUUCAGGUCACGUGACUCUGGCGUCUGGGUGUAAAAAAAAAACAAAAAACGUUCACUAAACUCUGAUAAAACUUGAUUUCUGUCAUAAAUAAUGAUCAGACCAGACUGGCACUCGAGUGUUUAUGGACUAAUAAUAAUCAUACACGUUUUUUGUUUAAAUGGACUUCACGCAAACGGGCUGGAUUAUCUGUUUUUGUCUCUGAAUGUUCUGGUUUCUUUUAUCGCUGGGUUUCAGAUCACAUCACAACAUUCUCUAGGUCAGUAAUAUUUAACACAGAUGGGGGCAGCUAAAAUUUAAAUGGUUCAAAUGCAGAUUUAUGUUGUAAUACAGCAAAGUCUCGGGUCUAAUUUAAGGUGACCGGACGUCCGUAUUUACCCGGGACAGUCCCAGUUUUGAGUCCAGUGUCCCCUGUCCCAAAAGAUUUAAACAAAGCGAAUGAUUUGUCCAGUUUUAUACAAGAAAUGUCCUUAUUUUUGACCAAUUUGAUCCCCGACAAUAGUAAAAAGAGGCAUAAAUUAUCACUUGUUUCAGUAAAAUACAUAAAAUCUGAAGAAAAUGUGACUAUGCCGACUUAUAUUUUAGUCAUGAAUGGCCUCUGCAGAACAGUUUUCCUUAUUUACGCUUCUGUUUCAGUUUUAUUAUUACUAACCACCAAAAAAAAAAAAACAGGGAUGUCCCAGUUUUUUUUUUUUUUAAAUUCUGUUCUUGGCUCUAUAAACUCAAAGAAAUAAUCAGGUUCAACAUUUUAGAUAUUUCAUGGCAAAGUCCAGUGUUAUUAAUAGAAAAAAUUGUCUCCUUCCCCCAAGAAAUGUCCCUAAAUGUCCCUAUUUUUGACAUAUUUGAUCCCUGACAACAAUAAAAAGAGGCAUAAAUUUAAAUUUGUUUGGGUAAAAUACAGAAAUGCUGCUUAAAAAUGACCAAAAAAAGAAAAUGUGACUAUACUGAUUCAAAUUUUAGUCAUGAAUGGUCUCUACAGAACAAUUUUCCUUAUUUACGCUUCCGUUUCAGUUUUAUUAUUACUAACCACUAAAAAAAAACAAAAAACAGGGAUGUCCCAGUUUUUUAUUUUAAAAUUCUGGUCUCAGGUCUAAUAACUCAAAGAAAUGAUCAGGUUCAACAUUUAAUCAACAGAUUAAUUUAAUCAACAGAAAAAACUGGCUCUUCCUCCCAAGAAAUGUCUGUAAAUAUCAAUAUUUUUGACCAAUUUGAUCCCUGACAACAAUAAAAAGAGUAAUAAAUUGUCAUUCGUUUAGGUAAAAUACAGAAAAUCUGCUUAAAAUUGACCAAAACACAAAGAAAAUGUGACUAUACUGACUCAAGUUAGUGCCGAAUGUGUAACAACUUUCAUUUAUUAUGCACUCAAUUCACAAUUUUUAUUAUUACCAACCAACCCAAAACAAGAGUGUCACGUUUUUUUUAUUUUGAAAAUCUGGUCACGUCAUUUUUAGUCAUGUCCAAAUGUCCAGCAAGUGAAAAAGUAGUGCACUCAAAAUUUAAUUACGCACUCGUUUCACAAUUUUAUUAAACACCACAAACCGAGGAUGUCCCAGUUUUUUAUUUUGAAAAUCUAGUCACCCUAAAACUGUAUUAAAAAGAAAAAAAAAAUUAAACAGUUUGAGCCGUAGAACAACAUUAUAAACUGCUAUUACCACAGACUUCAGUAUUAAGAAGGUGGUCAGAAUGUUUUGGACCUAAAUAUUUUAACAAAACUAAAAGUCUUAAUGCGUUUAUUAAUUAUGCUGCCUCAUUUUUUGUUUGUCUAGUUUAAUUUUCUGCCAAUAAAAAGUGGAAUAAAAUAUGUAAACUGCUGAAAAACCUGAAAAAAAUCCUCCAGGGAUAUUAAAGAAUAGACUUGAUUUUUAAAACUGAUUCCGAUACAACAGUGAUAAUAAUAAAAAACACUCUUUUUUUAACUCAAUAAAAUAUGAAUUUCAAUAUUUAA